GUGAUAGUGAGGUCAACUUAGUUUAGAGUGGUGCGCAGGGGUAGGUUUUUCAUGCUGUUGGUGAAUUAUAUUACUUAGUUCCUGUUUCUCCUCUUUGUCGAAACCAAAACUUAGGUUGUUUAUUUUUUAGAGGGAACAACUUUUGUGAGUCUAGGGCAUCAUACGCGAUUAAUUACUGUUACAAUAUAUGAGGCUACAUUCAUUUCCUUUGCGGCCGGAAACUCUUUAUUAACUCAGCGUCUCGACCCUCAAAUGCAGAAUCCUUCUGAUCACCUAGUUUCAAAACGAAAUGCCCUAUUGUGUCUAACUAACGUAAAGCGUGGGUUUUCGCCGGUAAUGACAAGUUGAAUCGAUUAUUUCAUUCCCAUUAAUGGGCUCGUUUGCUUAGGGUCUUGUUCAGAGCAUUCAAAUAGUCCUGCAUUGCUGGCACUACCUGGUGAAAAUAUGAACCCUCUACAUAACUAUUACUACUUAUCCAAUAAUGAACAGGAGGAUUUUAUGUUAUUUUCACCGGAAAACUACAUUUUCCUAGUCAGAUACCUGACUCUUCAGUUAACACAACCUGGUUGCUAAACGUAUUCGUUAAAUUCUGUAAUUUGUGGUUCUGUGCUUCACUUGUGAUCAUUCUACUACUGACUCCAUUGUGUUGUUUAAUAAUGCAUGUUGAAACAGUUCAGUUAGUGCUUAUGUCGCAUAAAGAUGUCUAUUGUCGAAACCAUGUAGUCUUUCCAGACCAUUUCGGUUACGAAGUUGGAUAAUGUUGAGUCUUCGGGAAUAUUUAUUACCCACAAUUUAAAACAAUCAGCAAACGUUAUUGACAAACAUUAGGAAGAUAUACUACCUGAAAUUAGGCGUUUGAGUUUAAGGUGUGAUUAUCCAUGCGCAAGCGCACUUACUACGGGACAUUCCUGAAUUGUAGUGAUUACUCAUAUCCUCUGUCAACAAAGUAUGGCCAUUCUCAUCCAAGCACUACAGGGCUCCUGGUAUUGAUGAAACUGUCCAUUGAUACCAUUCUUAGUCACCGUGGAACAUCUUGAGUGAGAGGCAAGAUAUACUGCUGACCGAGAGAAUGAAGUGAGUUGUCAAACGCCCAGUAGGAUUUGUGUUCUUUCUAAACUAACGUCGUCAAUUAACUCAUUGGUGCCAAUGCAGCUUCCAUUGUAAAUGAAACAAUUGACAUCGGGCUAUUUAUUUUCAUGGUUUAACUGUGAGUUUGUUCAAACCAGUGCACAGCUUUCUCAGGCGGUGUCCAAACAUAUCACUAUAGGUCCUGUGAAUUUUAUUGAAUUCCAGUCUUGCGAUUUCCCUACUGGUAUUGAAUCGUGUAAACCUCCACAACUUAUUUGGUAAUUGUUUUGGUUUGUCCGUGCAUCUUCACAUUGUAAGUUUCGUGUAACAUAUUCUUUCAGCGACCUGCCUGUUGAAUAAGCUUAAGUGGUUGGUGAUGAUCAACUCAUCCUGCUACCUCUCACUUCCUUGAACCAAAGCUACUUUAUGUCGUAGUGGGGUUUUUUAGUCAGUUUUAUUUUAAGCAGGUUACAUUUCUCCUGGAGUUUCGAAUCACUAAUCUGUUCGGACGAAGUAAACAAAUAUUCACUGGGUUUUGCUAACCGUUUGUUAGUAGAUAUCGGAGUCAUCUUGUGAGUUAUUUUUUAAAGAUGCAGUUUUGUCUGACAUUAAAGUUUAUUUGUGUACGAUCGGAAUAAAAAAAGUUCUACGUUUCAACACUUUACAUUAAAUUACUCAUCUAUAAACCUACUUUAGUUACAGUUUAUCUCAUUUCAGGUGAAUUCAAAAUGGGUGUUCCGGCCUUUUUUAGAUGGCUUAGUGCAAAAUACCCAUCAAUUGUGACUCAUUGUGUAGAAAAGCGGGGAGCUGUUUUGGAUGACGAAGACAAUAGGGUACCUACAGAUACGUCCGAACCCAAUCCUAAUGGCGAGGAGUUCGACAACUUGUAUUUAGACAUGAAUGGUAUCAUCCAUCCUUGUACCCAUCCGGAAAAUAAGCCUGCGCCUAAAUCUGAGGAGGAAAUGUUCCUGGCCAUUUUCGAAUAUAUCGAUAGGUUAUUCGCCAUAGUUCGUCCUAGGAGAGUCCUGUAUAUGGCUAUCGAUGGAGUGGCACCACGUGCAAAAAUGAAUCAACAACGAUCUAGGCGCUUUCGGGCAGCUCAAGAAGCGAAGGAGAAACAAAUGACUAUUGAAAAUAUAAGGAAUGAGCUAAUUAGUAAAGGAGCUAAGUUGCCACCUCCAAAAGAAGAACAUUUUGAUUCCAAUUGUAUAACCCCCGGAACACCAUUUAUGGCACGUCUAGCUGUUGCUCUCAGAGGGUACAUAUAUGAUCGCUUGACAAAACAUCCAGGGUGGAAAGAUUUAAUGGUAUUUCUGAGUGAUGCUAAUGUCCCUGGUGAAGGAGAGCAUAAAAUUAUGGACUUUAUCAGAAGGCAAAGGAAUAAUCCGACUCAUGACCCAAAUACGAAACAUUGUCUUUGUGGUGCUGACGCUGACCUAAUAAUGCUUGGCUUAGCCACCCAUGAACCUUAUUUCACCAUAAUUCGUGAAGAAUUUAAACCAAAUCAACCAAAACCAUGUGAAAUAUGUGGUCAACUGGGGCACGAAAUGGAAGAUUGUAUAGGUUCACCCAAUCAAGAGGAUCCAAAUGAACGUCCCCCUCCAGUAUCCAGUGAUGUGGAUUUUAUCUUUAUUCGUUUAAAUGUUCUACGACAAUAUCUGUCAGAAGAUCUAAAAUUGCCAGGCAUCACAUUUGAAUGGGAUCUUGAAAGGGUUAUUGAUGACUGGGUGUUUAUGUGCUUUUUCGUCGGAAAUGACUUUCUCCCUCAUCUUCCAAGUUUGGAAAUCCGCGAAGGCGCGAUCGACCGACUAAUAGAAAUUUACAAAUCAACAGUUCAAAAAACUGGAGGAUGGUUAACGGAUAGUGGCAAAGUCGACUUGAAACGUGUUCAAACCAUCAUGGUUGAUUUAGGGAAAAUGGAAGAUGAGAUUUUUAAAAAUCGACGUGCAUCGGAAUUACAGUUCCGCAAAAGAAAACGCCAAAAUGCGUCAUCAGGUAACUUUGAUAGAAAUCAACGUGAUUCGAAUCCACAACAACUAGGUAGACGUUCUUACCAUGAAACUGGGCAGUCUAGUUUUAUGCAGCCCGUCUCUUUGAGUGGUCGACAUGGAAUAGCCCACCCAGAAGGUCGCUAUGUAGCGGAAAAUGUUUCUGUUGAUGAAGUUCGAGCUGCACGCCGUCAACAAGGAGGUAUGAAUUGGGUGGAUAAAAACUUGAAUAACCUUGAAUCGGCUACUGCUCUAAGGGCAAUGUUGAGUGAUAGGCCUGCAGAUAAGAAUGGAAAUCCGGAUACGAUAGGUAGUGUUUCGCCUUCAAAAAUGAUGAGGAAAAAUACAGAAGGAGAAAAAAGUUAUUUAGGUGAACAGGGUAUUGUUCCAAACAAUAAAUCUGGUGAAAAUGAAGAUGAAUUAAUGGAUGCGGCCGACGAAGUACGGUUCUGGGAGGAUGGGUGGCGAUCGCGUUAUUACCAGUCAAAAUUUGGGGUGGACCCUGCAGACGCACCAGAGUUUUGUACGAAAGUUGGUCAGGAAUAUGCACUUGGUUUGUGUUGGGUUUUAGCCUACUAUUACCAGGGAUGUGCUUCAUGGGACUGGUAUUUUCCAUAUCAUUAUGCUCCAUUCGCAAGUGACUUCUGUAAAAUUGAGGAGCUUAAUGUUGACUUUACAAAGGAAAAAACAAAACCAUUUAGACCUCUAGAACAGUUAAUGGGUGUAUUUCCAGCUGAUUCACGAAGUCAUGUCCCUCCAGCUUGGCAGGAUUUAAUGACUGACCCUGAAUCACCUAUAAUUGAUUUUUAUCCAACAAAUUUCAAAGUCGACCUAAAUGGAAAACGAUUUGCUUGGAUGGGUGUGGCUUUACUACCUUUUGUCGAUGAGGUUCGUCUGUUGAAAGCUUUGGAUGCACGAAGAGACCGUCUAACGAAAGAAGAAGUCGACCGAAAUGUUCGUGGCUCAGAUCAGUUGUUUUGUAGGGCUGAUCAUCCAGCUGGUCCUUUAUUGGAAUCUCUAUAUAAAACAGAAGCUAAUGAAAUGGAGAAAGGUGAUCCUGAAGAACAGCUUGUGCCGUCUUGGGCCUCAGCUAUUGAUCCACGUGUAACUGCCGGUAUCUCUGGUCUAAUCUGGCGCAGUAAAACUGCUUAUUUGCCUGGUGAUCGUGUACCCAGUGCAGUCCCCGGUCAUGUUCCCGGAAUAAAAGCCUCCGAAGCCAUUUCGGCGUGUUUUUCCGAUCCGUCCUAUCCAGAAGGUUUUAUUUUUCCAUCCCGAUUGCUUGAAUCUGUAAGUUACUGUAUUAUAUUAUUAAUUAUAUUGCUAAAAAAUGAUUCAUUUGAUUUUCACCUUGCUGAAUCUGAAAAUGUGUAAACUGUUAUACUCUUAGUUAUAUUAUGUUCCUACUGAGGUGUAAUCAUUAGAAACACGUCGUGGACAUAUUUGUUCAAUACUAAAUCCAACUAGUCACUGGAUAACCGUUAAAUCAGAAGUCUUUAACACUAUCACGUUACAUAUUUGCUUUGUGUACAUAAUAUGCGAUCACGUCUGUUCCUAUAAGCUGGUACUAUCUAAACAUGGAAUUGAGAUCGCAUUAUAGCAGCGAGCAGAAAAACUAAGCCAAUUAGAUGAAGGAACUGACAAGAUACGGUCUUCUGGCAACCAUGCGAAAAUUUAAAAACUUUAAAUUAUUGCUUCAGCACUAGUCUACAUUAAUAUUCUGUUUCUCUGUUUUGAACCAGUAAUUCCUGUGUCAUAAAAAGUGAAUGUUGAUAACGUCAUGUAAUAUAAACUUGCAACUGUUAUGAUACAACAUCAUGAGAAAAAAAAACAACCGUCUCCUGAACUACAAGUCGCCUUUUCAACUAUUAUUAUAUUUACACUAGCUUGGAACGCAUUUUAGCAUACACACCAGUUUUAAAGAUCAACAUGAAUUAUUUUGUUAGGAUUUACAAAGCAGUUUAUAAAGAUAUCUUUCUGCCUGUUCCGUUUACAGUUGUUAUCGAUUGGCAAUCUAGUUGAGAUCGCUUUCUACUCAGAAUAAUAUCGAGAUAUAUGUAUCAGAUUUUUCUAGUUUCUUUUACGGAAAUAAUUGAUCAGUUCUGUUAAGAUUGAAUCCUAUUACUUUUCAUUGUUUUUAAGGUUAAAAUGCCGCCACCUGUUUAUCUACAACCUCCACAACGCGGUAGAGGGAGAGGUCGAGGCAAUUUCCGUAAUGACGAACACCGUGGGAGGUUCAAUUCAGAUUCAGCUAUGCAGUAUUACGCUCGAGACAGCUCCACUGAAAGAGAUGGUGACAGGGAUUUUUGUUCAAAUUCAGCAAUGCACAGAAUGGUGGUGAAUUCAUUACCAAGGUACCAACACCAUCAAAAUGAUCACCCACAAUAUAAUGCCACGUCAAAUUAUGAUAGAGGAAGUAAUGGCGCACCUUCCCACUGGCGACCUGGUUCCUUUAGUCGUCCUCCUUAUCCUAGGAAUAACGUAUCCAUGUAUCGUCCGUCUAACAGUUACCCAUUUGAAAAUCCCUACUCUGUACAUACUUCGUACUACAGUACAGGUGUUGCAGAACGAGGCACAAGAGGUGGUCCACAGCCAUGGUCCCGCCCAAAUAGUAGACGUUAAAUAAACAUUGAAAGGAUAAUGCUCCAUCAUGUACAUAUUAUCUUCUCUCAGUGUAUUUGACAGUUACGUUUUACAGUGACUGUAAUUAAUAAUUAUGAAUUGCGCCUGUGUAAGAAACAUGUAUCAUGGAUACUUAUCUCCUUUCCACAUUUGGACCAAGUGUUUUAUUCGUUUUUCUGCAUAAACAUAUAUCAUUACAGCUCUGUUUUCGUUCUUACAA